AUGGACCUGGUUGCCGUUAGAUGUGCCAAAUGCGAUUCCAAAUUGGGCAAUCUCACCAAUUUAUGGACACAGAUAGGCAAAAAAUACAUAACACCAGUGGCACACGCUGAGGAAAAGGCCGAUGCGGACAAGAUCUCGGCAACGGGCGCUGUUCGGAUUGGCGAUGCAGACACUCUAGUUGAGGGCUGUGAGCUCCGAGAUGCUGAAUGUUCAACAUGCCAUACAAACAUUGGACAAAAGUGCAUAACAAGCCCUCCGAAUCAUAUCUUUGCCAAUGGGCAAAUCAUAUAUCGUAUCACAUCCAUAAAUCUUAAAAUAGCCAAAGACCUCAGGCGUAAGGCUGAACCCAAGAUACAACGCACUCUCCAGCUUAGAGGCCAGUCAGCUGCGGCUCAAGCGAAGCUCUCCACUGCGAGCGGCAAGGCAGCUCCUCAAAAUGAAGCAACUCCCAGUCGAGACAGAUUCGACAUCAUGCAGAUUCAAGCAGACUUGGAAGUUCAGCAGGAUGAGAUUCAGCGGAUUGGCGUUGCUGGAUUUCAAGUCAUGUCCAAUUUUGACAAUACUGUUGCGCGCCUUGAAAAACAGAUGCGGCAACUCAGCGAGUCCAUUGCAAGCGUUCGCAGAGAAGGAGAAGGGCAGCAGGCAGACAUUAAGUCUCUCAAGACCCAGAUGAGCGACGCCAAAAGGAGUGGCCAGAAUGAUGACGGCGUUGUUGCUCGCUUGGACCAGCAGCUUCAGACUACGGACAGAGUGGUGACAGAACUUCGGCAAAUGAUCCAAAAAUCCAAAUCAGAGACCACUGGCCUCCGUGGUGAGCUGAAAGCCGCACAAAAGGAAAUAACAGACGUGAAAAAGGCAAACGCCCGUCUCAAGCAAGAAGUCGACGAGGCGAAAGAGGUAGCACAGGAAGGCAUAGCUACGUCCAAGCUAUAUGCGUCUGAAGUAGCAUCUUUAAGGAGAGAGAUUGCACAACUGCAGUCUGAUUUUGCACAAGAGAGCGACCAUCAUCACUCGUCGGCGGGUGAAGAUCCCUCAAUCUCAUCCCAUCAGCUGGACAUCCUCGCUAGCAACAUAUCCAAGAUUGGAAAUCGAG